AGUCAUAGAUAAUUUGUCAGCGUUGUCAGUUGUCAAUAGUGUUUUGUAGUUGUAGAGGAGUAUAAAUAUGUCUAGCGAUUCUUGUGUAAAGGAAGAAACAAUUGAAUCUUUAAUAAAGGAGGCUGAACAAUUAAAAAUAAAGCUCGAGGAUGAACGACAGAAAUUAAAUGACGUCACGUUGGCAGCAGUUGCUGAACGCCUCGAAGUUAUAAAUUACAUGAACAUAAAACCUAGAAGAACUUUAAAAGGUCAUCAGGCCAAAGUUCUUUGUUCAGACUGGUCUCCAGAUAAAAGACACAUUGUAUCCUCUUCUCAAGAUGGAAAAAUGAUAAUUUGGGAUGCUUUUACUACUAAUAAGGAACAUGCAGUUACAAUGCCCACAACUUGGGUUAUGGCUUGUGCCUAUGCACCUUCAGGGAAUUUGGUAGCUUGUGGGGGUUUGGACAACAAAGUAACAGUCUAUCCUCUAAGUUUGGAUGAAGACGUGAGUCUUAAAAAAAAGACUGUGGGAACUCACACUAGUUAUACGAGCUGUUGUUUAUUCCCAAAUUCUGAUCAACAGAUUUUAACUGGUAGUGGAGAUUCCACUUGUGCUUUAUGGGACGUCGAAUCAGGGCAACUAAUCCAAAGUUUUCAUGGACAUGCAGCUGAUGUUAUGUCCAUUGAUUUGGCACCGUCAGAAAUCGGAAAUACUUUCGUUUCUGGCAGUUGUGAUAAAAUGGUAUUUAUAUGGGAUAUGCGUUCUGGACAAUGCGUCCAAUCUUUUGAGGGGCACGAAUCUGAUGUUAAUAGUGUUAAGUUUCAUUCUAGCGGAGAUGCAGUCGGCACCGGAAGUGAUGAUGCCACGUGCCGCUUGUUCGACUUAAGAGCCGAUAGAGAGGUAGCGAUUUAUAGUAAGGAAAGUAUUAUUUUUGGCGUGAAUGCUGUUGAUUUUUCAGUUUCAGGGCGAUUACUCUUUGCUGGUUAUAAUGAUUAUACUGUUAAUGUAUGGGAUACUUUGAAAUGUGUUCGAGUGUGCUUAUUAUACGGGCAUGAAAAUCGGGUAUCUUGUUUACAAGUUUCCCCCGAUGGCACGGCACUGUCUACUGGGUCAUGGGAUUGCACUCUUAGAGUGUGGGCGUAAUUAAUCGUAAAUCAUUUAAAUUUCUCAAAGUAUUAUUAGGUGUUGUGCUUGUUAUUAAAUGUAUGGUAUUGAUGGUGUACCUAUAAGUUGAUCAAAUUAAUAAAUAUAAAAUAAACGGUUAGACGUAAAAUGCUUUUUGUGCACAUACUUUGUAGUCAUUUCCUUUUAACCACCCAUAAAAAAUUAAGUAUUGGUUGAGAAUAAAGAAAAUUGUUGUAAAAUUAAGAUAGCAAGUUUAUUAUUAACAUUAUAAUUUUACAAGUUUCAAUACACUAAUUGUUAACAAUUUAUUGAUUUUGUGCAAACAUCAACACAAUCGUCUGUAACGUUUAAAUCAAACUUUAAGUUUUUAUUUUAUUUUAACAUGAAUGGCGUGUAAUGGGAAA